AUGCCAUCUAAAUUGGCUAGACCAGAGAAAAGACAGAACCAAGGGCAUGUUUCUACCCGUUCGAAUAAGAAGAAGUUCAAAAGUGGAAGAAAGGAACUUCGGGAAGUUCACAAAGGGAGAAAUAGUCAUAUAAAACCCAAAGAAAAUCCGCAAGAAGUAGACCAAAAUGAUGAAGCUAAUGGGGAGGAAAUCCAAGAAGACAAUGUUGCUCAAAAACCAGAUAUUGGGGCAUAUAGUGCCCUUAUCACACUCCUCAAAAGCGAUCACCCGGAAGUUAUGAAGAGGAAAUCAAAAAUUAAGGUAGCACAAGAUGAGGAGGUCAAGAGUGAAGAGAUCCUUGAUUAUGAGGCGGAAGAAGAGGAUGAUGAUUACGGGGAAGAAGAAAAUGAGGAACUAGCGGACGAUGACAAGGAACAGGAUAAUGAGGAUGUGCACAAUAGAUUUGAUGCAUUCAACAGACAUUUUAAUGAUGAAGACAAGAUAGAGAAGGAAAUCGACAACUACAUGAAAAGCCAGCCCAAGAUCAAAUUGGUCGAAAGACAACAACUAGGGAAGUCUAUCAAACUUGAUUACAGGUAUAUUGAGACAAAGGGAAGUGCUCCAAAGAACAUUAUGAAUAAACUCAAGUACCAUAACGUCAAGCAAAAACUUCAGAACGAAUUCAUGGACAGGAACCCGACAAAUUUGGAAUCAGAACUCUUGGAAUCAUUGCUGAAUUACCAGAAUGUCAACUUUCAGCUACUAGGCAUGCCAGAUGUCGUGACCACCAGGUAUCAGGAAUACUACCUACUCCAUUGUUUGAACCAUAUAUACAAGACGAGGGAUAGAGUGCUGAACAACAAUGAGAAAAAGGCCCAGGUACAAAGGCAGAUUGAAGAAGGAAAAUUAAACCCUGCAGAGGAACCCGAAUUUAGGGAUCAAGGAUACACGCGUCCUAAAGUUUUGAUUCUGCUUCCUACGCGAAACUUCGCGUGGGAAGUUGUAAACAAAUUGAUCGAUCUCAUUUCUCCAAAUACUGUGGAAUACAAAACCAGAUUCAAGGAACAAUACUAUGAUGCGUUCGAUGUCAAUGAUCUCAAUCCAAAAAAGCCUGUGGAGUUCAAACAAUUUUUCAAAGGUAACUCCAACGACUUCUUUUGCCUUGGAAUAAAAUUCACAAGGAAGACGCUUAAGCUGUUUGCCAGAUUUGAUCAGUCUGACGUGAUUGUUGCUUCCCCACUAGGGUUGAGAAUGACGUUGGAGAAAACGAAAAAACCAUUUUUGAGCUCCAUAGAAAUUACUGUGCUUGAUAAAGCUGAAGGUUUGCUAAUGCAGAAUUGGGAUCAUGUGAACGAAGUUAUGUCCAAAAGUCUCAACGCUCCACCAAAAGAUUUUGACGACCUGAAAGUUGAUUUCAGUCGUAUCAGGAUGUGGGCAAUCAACGAUCACUACAAGUAUGUUGCACAGGUGAUAGGGUUUACGAAAUACUCAUUCCCAGAGCUUAACAAUGUUACGAUGAAUAAUCCCAAAAUAUCAGUGAACCUGCUGGGGGGAACAGCGGUUUUCAAGGCUAUCUGUGGUGAAAAUGAUAGUGAACUUGCCAACCUGAAAUACCAGCUAACAAGAGUUGGAAUAAUCAAUAGUCAGACCAGGCUGAAGCAAGUUUACAUGAGGUUUGAGGCAGAUUCACAAUUAGACGAACCGGAUAAACGAUUUGCAUUUUUCAAGAAUGUGUUACUUCCACAAAUCCAGCACAAAGUGUCGUAUGAAAAUGGCACAUUGAUAUAUUUUCCAUCAUACAUCGACUACAUUCGCGUGAAAAACUACCUCGAAAAGGAAACGAGCGUUGCCUUUGUUGCCAUAGACGAGUACUCGUCUCAGUCCUUAUUGACUCGAAAUCGUGCUCUAUUCAUGAAGGGUCAAAGUGAUGCCAAAAUAAUGCUGUACACGGAGAGGUUGCAUUUUUACAAACGUUACGAUAUCAAAGGUGUGCGUAACGUCAUAUUCUAUGGUAUUCCUACAGAUCCAAGUUUCUACUCCGAGGUGCUGAAAUUUAUUGUCGAUAAUAAAAUUCGCCUGGACAUGGCUAACAGCAAUUCGGAUAAUUCUGGCGAUGUACUCGACUUGAAUUUGUGUAUGGUGAGAGCGAUGUUUAGCAAGUUGGAUUUGAUGAAAUUGGAAAAAAUCGUGGGAACGAAGAAUUCUCGGGUUCUCGCCCUAGGAGACAACGAAAUGAAUGAGUUCCACUGA